AUGUCAGUGGCCGCAAGCCGACGUGCAUUCCACGUCGCCCGACCCUGUUUGACCGGAAAGACCUUGGAAGGAACCGAAGAGAAUUUUGAUGAACUCGUCAUCAACGCCGACCACCCUGUCAUUGUCGAUUUUUACGCCGAUUGGUGUGGACCUUGCAAAGUAUUGGGUCCUUUGCUUACAAAGGCAGUGGCUGCCAAUCCCACGGUGACGUUGGUGAAAGUGAACGUUGAUAAAUACCAGGAGCUCGCUACCGAGUUUAACAUUGCGGCAUUGCCGACGGUCAUGGCUUUCCAAAAUGGUGAAGUGGCCGAUCAAUUUGUCGGUAUGCGCAAUGGUGCUGCAUUGCAAGAGUUUGUGAAGAAACAUGCUUCCAGUGCGUGA